AUGUCCGGCGAAAACCUCACCGUCCACAGCCGCAUCGCCGUCGCGCCUUCCACCGGCGACGCCGCGCCUUCCACCGGCGACGCCACGGAGCACCGCCUCCCCCUCACCUUCUUCGACAUACUGUGGCUAUACUUCCACCCAAUCCAGCGCCUUCUUCUCUACCCUUACCCAUGCUCCACCGACACAUUCCUGCAAAAAAUCUCCCCAAAUCUAAAAAAUUCACUCUCUAAAACUCUCGAUCGCUACCUCCCCCUCGCCGGAAACCUAAUCGUUCCCCGAAAUUCCAACCUGCCGGAGCUCCUCUACUCUCCGGGAGACUCUGUCCAGGUAACCUUUGCCGAAUCGAACGGGGAUCUCGAUUUCAGUUCCCUGACCGGAAAUCAUCCUCGGAACUCUGAUCAAUUUCACUCCCUGGUGCCGGAUUUACCCGACCCCAAACACGAACUAGGGUUCGACUUCGACAAAAUCCCUGUCUUAGCUGUUCAAAUUACUCUGUUCCCACAAACAGGGAUUUCUAUCGGCAUCACAAACCAUCACGCGUCAGGCGACGCAAGCUCAAUCGUCCGGUUUAUCAAAACCUGGAGCUCGUACGCCAAUCUCGCCGCCGGCCACGAAAUCGAAAAUGAAAAUCUGUUACCUCGUCCGAUUUACGACAGGUCCCUGAUUAAGGACCCGUUGGGCCUAACCGAAAUAUUCUGGGCCCAAAUGCGGGCCGAUAAAAUCGGGCUCUCGGCCUCGAAAGCCCUGCCAAAUAAACUCCACGCUCAAAAAUUUGCUGCGGCCCAAAACCCGGCCCAAGCCCACAUCUCGUCAUUCACCGUGAUCACGGCCUACGUGUGGGCCUGCCUGGCAAAGUCCAUUGGGCCCAUCGAAAACGACGUGCCCGAGUACUUUGUGUUUGCCGUCGAUGCCCGUGGCCGAGUGGACCCGCCUUUGCCGGAGGGGUCGGAAAAUGGGUUUUUCGAGGCGGCGAAAGUGAUUGGGGAGGCUAUAGCGAAUAAGGUGAACAAUAAGGAGGAGUUGUUUAGAGGUGCGGACGAGUGGCUACCGAGUUACGGGCUGUUGCUCGGGAAAAGACUCUUUGGAGUGGUGGGCUCGCCUAGGUUUGAUUUGUACGAUGGGGCGGAUUUUGGGCUCGGAAAGCCCGAGAAGUACGAGGCGGUGUCGAUUGAUUGGGGUGGGUCGAUGUCGCUUUGUAAAUGGAGGGAGUUUGAGGGAGGUUUGGAGAUUGGUUUGUCUUUGAGAAAGGAGGAAAUGGAUUCUUUUGGGCCUAUUUUCUAUGAUGGAUUUGUUAUUGAUGGUGAAGUUGCAUUUUCAGUUAGGUUUGCAGUUGAUCAGUCCAACGUUAACAUUAUCGAGCAA